AUGGCUGGUAAAAGUUCAAUUACUCAGCCAGCAGCCAGACAUGGCACCAACAAACUGACCAAAUAUGAUAUAGCUGAUCUAGAAUGGACCAAUAGGAUUCCAGAGUGUCCAACAUACUACCCAUCAGAGCAUGAGUUUGACCAUCCUUUAGUUUAUCUGCAGAAGAUAGCUCCUGAGGCUUCUAAAUAUGGUAUUCCUUCUUCAUGUGUGGAAAAGGAGUUCUGGCAUGAGAUGACUCAUGGAGAAAAGGGAACAGUUGAGUACGGAGUCAAUGUUGAAGGUAGUGCCUUUUCAUGUGAUCCUGAUGACAGGCUUGGAACAAGUGCAAGUAAAACUUGGUAUGGUGUGCCUGGCUAUGCAGCCUCUCAAUUUGAAAAUACCGUCUUACAACAUGUGUAUUGCAAUAAGAUCUUAACAAAACAUGGAAAGGAUGGAGCUUUCAAGUUUCUUGCACAAAAAACAACCAUGUUCCCACCAAAUAUAAUGUUACAACAUGAUGUGGAAGUUUACAAGGCUGAGCAGAAGCCGGGAGAGUUUAUCAUAACCUUUCCCAGAGCAUAUCAUGCUGGAUUUAGUCAUGGUUUUAACUGUGGAGAAGCAGUAAACUUUGCUAAUGGUGAUUGGUUUCCACUUGGGGCUGCAGCUAGCAGGCGUUAUGCACUUCUGAGAAUGAUGCCUUUAAUUCCAUACGAGGAACUUCUUUGUAAAGAGGCAAUGUCUGUUUACAUGUCCUCAAGUGUCAGAAGUGCCAAGAACAAGCCUGAAGACACAGCAUCUUAUAAAUCUAUAAUGCAGCCUUUCUCGCACCUUAUGCAAUUUUAUAAGACAUCCCUUUUGCGACGGAAGAGUUCAAGAAACUUGCCAAGUUCUUCAAAUACACCAGGUUUUCUUUUGUGUGGCAUAUGCCACAGGGAUUGUUAUGUAGCUUACCUGCUGUGCAAGUACUGCUUAUCUCACCCAAUUUGUCUCUUCCAUGGUAAGACAUCAUUCAUAUAUUCAUUUUGCUUUCAGUUACGACUUAGAUGUAGACUUCAUUAUGAUUUGAGACGUGCUAACUUUCAGUUUGUCAGCAACAAGAUGAAUUGGGACUUAAUGACAUGUUUUUUUGGCUCUGCUGUUUAUUAUUGGCAUGCAGACAUUGCACCACAUACUUGUAUAUGUGGGAGAGAUUAUUCUAUUUUCAAAAGGAAUGACAUUUUCGCACUGGAAGAAGCUGCCAAAAGUUUUCAACAGGUAAAAGAAUGCAAUGACACAUUCUCCCUAUCAAGUACAUGUUUCUGUAAGAGAAAUGAAUGCAUCAAAGAUCUUGAGGAUCCUUGGCACGAAGAGAGUGUAAGCGAAACUGAAAAUGCUCUAGGGGCAGCAUCUAAACCGAAAAUAAAAGUAGCUGACUACAUCAAGCACAGUGUUGAAAAUAAGACGACAAAGCAUUGGAGAAACGAUAGAUCUGCGAAGGGUACCAAUAGGCCAGAAAUAAUUUAUAACCUGAGAAAACGCAAAUCAGAUUUGAUUCUAUGA